AUGUCUCAAAAUUCGGUGUCUCAUGGAAGCUACAAGAUCCGAUCUUUGAGGGAUAAGUGCCAUUGUGGGCUCGAUGCGCCGUUGAUGACGUCGUGGACUGAUACCAACCCGGGUCGUCGUUUCUAUGGUUGUGGUAUGUACAAGCUUCAAGGAUUCAAAAAGUGCAGCAAUUUUGUCUGGUUGGAUGAAGAAAUGAACACAGGAGCAAAGGAAGUGAUUUCGUCAUUAAUUCACAAUUUGGAGGAAGAGAAGCAGAGGGCCAAAAAUGCAAGCAUGAAGGAAGAAGAAAUGAGGACGAAGAUGAAAUUAAUGAAGAAACAAUUGAAGUUCAAUUGGUCAAUAACCAUUUUAGUUUUAGUUGCUUUAGUAAUUGCAAUAAUAAUGAAGUGA